AUGGUGAGACCCAUCUUCAGCCCACUAUCUCUCGCCAGGGAUGUCAUGAGAGAUGACCCUGGAGUUAGAGGGAGAAUCCUGGCCAAGCGAGCAAGGUCAGUCAUUGCCGCUGAAGAUGCCAUGGCCAGAAGAGAGCAGACAGAGUCACUGGCCUCUCAAGGGGAAAUGAUGAGGUCCACCACAUACGCUUCUGACAUCUGGGCUACAGCAGUCACCUCCCUCACUCCGGAGUGCCUCGAGUUCUCCCUGAACGCGGCUACUGACACCUUACCACACAACAGCAACCUGUCCAAAUGGCGCAAGGACAGGCAUGACCAGGUGUUGGGUGUGAUUGCUGAGAUGGCCUGCACCAACCUAGCAGAGAACUAUCAGUUGACUGUCGACCUGGGCAGUGAUAACUACCACUUUCCUGCCCACAUCGCUCUCACCAACCUCCGCCCGGACCUGGUCAUAUGGUCUGAUGUUAACAAGCACCUCGCCAUCAUCGAACUAACAGUCUGCUACGAAACCGGUUUUGAGGAGGCUGCCUCCAGGAAGAUGAAGCGAUACUCUGACCUAACUUCAGAGGCAAGAGAGAGAGGCUACCAAUCCCUGACUAUUCCAGUUCAGGUAGGGAGUAAAGGAGUCCUGGAAGAAGAUGGACUAGGGCAGCUGAGAAAGAUCCUCAAUCCAGUCUCAGACAAGGCAUGGAAAACAUUCCUAAUGUCGCUGACAAGAUGCGUGAUUGAGGAGUCCCAUAAGAUCUGGAUCCUCAGGAAUAAGAAAUAA